AUGGUCGCCCAGUAUCGAGCAAGUCAAGACCAGUCCCUUGUUUUGUCCAGGACAUUUACAUGUCCAUGGAAGUGGUGGAACGUUCUUGUGUGGAGAGGAAGGUUUAAGGGCCAACAUACCCUUGUGGAUGUUACCUUCUCCACGAAAACGGCAAGUAGGUUGCGGGUACAUGUCAGAAGCAAUGUUGCAAACACAUCAAGCGCUCUCUUCGUCGUGGAUUAUGACGACGUUAUCGAUCCAAAGCUCUUUUUACCACUCCAUCUCGUGGCACAACCACCAAAAGCCUUCCUCCCCCCACAUGGCUAUCUUCACCCAGCCAUCCCUCUUCUCGAGCAGUUCAGGGCAAAGGUUGUUGUCUCAAAUGAACCAGAAGCAGUUCAAAAGAAGACAACUCCUCCACCUGAUCCGGCAGCUUCUUCCUCAACCGAUAUGGAUGUUUGGAACCCGAACUGGAAUCCCAAAGCUGUUCCUGAAGCUAAUCCUGAAGCUGAAGAACAGCCACCGCUUUUGAGGACUGGACCGGGUUUUGAGUGGUGGAGAAGACACCACAGCAGUCAACAUGACUUCUACAACCUGCUCCCCAAUGUCGCCGAAUGUCUUUCCUUCCAGGUGAUUCUGACUGGCAGCAUUCCCGACCUCAACGGGAGGCAAUACGCUGGACCUAAAUCAUUUGAGAUUUUCUUGUGGAGGCACGGGAACUCGGAACAUCAAGUUUUGACUGUCAAGUGGCAACAGUUGAAAGGGAGGAUACCACCUCAAAUGAUAGUUCAACCUGUAUGUCCGACCAAGAAGACAAAGCUUCCGAUGGUGGUUUUACGUGGGGAACAUGAGGUGUUGGUGGUGACGAAGAUUACUGCUAUUGGUGAGGAAAUUUGGGUGAAGCCGAUGGACCCAGUUGUGGGCAAAGUACAUGACAACUGGCACACAAUGAAGGUUUCCCCCGGUGACUGUUGCAUGGUAUGUCUCCUCAACAAAGCCACUCACGAAAAAUGGUCAAAGUAUAACGCGAAACCAGUGCGGGAUGGACACUGA